GUUUGAAACGCAGGAAGGAGAGAGGGCACCUGGGAGGAGGCAGUGGGAGGGUGGAGGGCGGGGGCUGGGGCUCGGCCCAGAGCCUUCGGGGUGGGCAUCCUGGGCUGGGCAGGGCAGGUGGCCGAGGUGUGGAGGGGGAGGAUGCGCCUCUCCAAAACCCUUGUCGACAUGGACAUGGCCGACUACAGUGCUGCGCUGGACCCAGCCUACACCACCCUGGAAUUUGAGAACGUGCAGGUGUUGACGAUGGGCAAUGACACAUCCCCAUCAGAAGGUGCCAACCUCAACGCACCCAACAGCCUGGGUGUCAGUGCCCUGUGCGCCAUCUGUGGGGACCGGGCCACAGGCAAACACUAUGGGGCCUCAAGCUGUGAUGGCUGCAAGGGCUUCUUCCGGAGGAGUGUGAGAAAGAACCACAUGUACUCCUGCAGAUUUAGCCGACAGUGCGUGGUGGACAAAGACAAGAGGAACCAGUGCCGCUACUGCAGGCUCAAGAAAUGCUUCCGGGCUGGCAUGAAGAAGGAAGCCGUCCAGAAUGAACGGGACCGGAUCAGCACUCGCAGAUCGAGUUACGAGGAUAGCAGCCUGCCCUCCAUCAAUGCGCUCCUACAGGCCGAGGUCCUGUCCCAGCAGAUCACAUCCCCUGUCUCUGGCAUCAAUGGAGACAUUCGGGCGAAGAAGAUUGCCAGCAUUGCAGAUGUGUGUGAGUCUAUGAAAGAGCAGCUGCUGGUGCUCGUCGAGUGGGCCAAGUACAUCCCAGCCUUCUGUGACCUCCCCUUGGAUGACCAGGUGGCCCUGCUCAGAGCCCACGCCGGUGAGCACCUACUGCUCGGAGCCACCAAGCGCUCCAUGAUGUUCAAGGACGUUCUGCUUCUAGGCAAUGACUACAUCGUCCCCCGGCACUGCCCGGAGCUGGCAGAGAUGAGCCGGGUGUCCGUGCGCAUCCUCGACGAGCUGGUACUGCCCUUUCAGGAGCUGCAGAUCGAUGACAACGAGUACGCCUGCCUCAAAGCCAUCAUCUUCUUCGACCCAGAUGCCAAGGGGCUGAGUGACCCGGGCAAGAUCAAGAGGCUGCGUUCCCAGGUGCAGGUGAGCCUGGAGGACUACAUCAAUGACCGCCAGUACGACUCCCGCGGCCGCUUUGGCGAGCUGCUGCUGCUGCUGCCCACCCUUCAGAGCAUCACCUGGCAGAUGAUCGAGCAGAUCCAGUUCAUCAAGCUCUUUGGCAUGGCCAAGAUCGACAACCUGCUACAGGAGAUGCUGCUGGGAGGUCAGUGUCGGGCCCAGGAGGGGCUGAGAGGGUCCUCCAGUGAUGCACCUCAUGCCCAUCACCCUCUGCACCCUCAUCUGAUGCAGGAACACAUGGGCACCAACGUCAUUGUUGCCAACACGAUGCCUGCUCACCUCAGCAACGGACAGAUGUGUGAGUGGCCCCGACCCAGGGGGCAGGCAGCCACCCCUGAGACUCCACAGCCCUCGCCGCCAGGUGGCUCGGGGUCUGAGCCCUACAAGCUCCUGCCAGGGGCCAUCGCCACAAUCGUCAAGCCCCCCUCCGCAAUCCCACAGCCGGCCAUCACCAAGCAGGAAGUCAUCUAGCAAGUCACUGGGGGGCAGGGGCUCUGCUGGCCCCCCAGCCCCCUCAGAGAGCCCCUGAUGGCCAUUUGGUCACCGUAAAGAGAGCUGUGACAACAGGGCCAGUCCCAGAGCAGUAACGGAAAGGGUGAGGGCGCUGGAACUUGGGCUGUGGGUCAUGUCCCAUGGCCACCUUUCUCCACCUGCUCUGGAUGACAGGGCUGUGACUCGGGGAGACCCUAGCUGGAAAAUCCUCUGCUGCCUUGGACAACUGUUCUCUUGCCAAAGCCACCGCCUUCCCCUCAUCCUUCACCCCAACUUCUUCACACCCAAAGGACUGCUGCCUGGAGACAACACAGGACUUUGCUUAAACAUGGCUCCUUCCCCACUCAGACUGGUCCUUCACCCCUAGUCCUGCCAUAGUGUCAGACACAGAGCCCAUCUAAACUGGGUCAGAGGGUGGCACCUUAGCCAUCCAUCCCUGUUCUGCUGCCCCAACCACCAGUGCUCUUCUCUACUUGCCACUGUCACCUGCCUCAGCCAUCCUAACUUCUCCAAAGCCACCUCUCCAAAGGCUGAGGAAGACUCGCUAGCCACUCCCCCAGUCAUCCCGGGAACACUUUAAAAGCACUGACUGGGGCUUCGUGCAGUGUAGGAGACUAUUGAGAAGGAAGAUGCUGUUUGGCCUCUAACCCAAGGCUCUUCCCUUCUUCAGGGACUUGGGUGGAUCCCCCGAGUCAGAGUGAUGCUCCCUACAGGCUGCCAACCAUGGGAGAACAAUCCAGGGUGGACAGGUGCAACCGGGACCUGGAGGGAGGGCUGAGUGGUCAGAGAGAGCAUCCAAAAAGGGGCAGACUAUGCAGCAGGCCUUUAAGGAAGGGCUGGCUGCCGGCUGCUGGAGCACGUGAGGUAGGAUGUUCCAAGGGAGAGCAAACAUCCUGGGCAAGGCCUGGAGGUCAGAAGGAGGGCAUGGAGGGAGGCAAUGAAAGAUGGGGCUGUCUGUAUCAAAAUGGGCAUGCUGGACAGCCUCGGGGCCUGGAAUGCCAGACUGAGGCAAUGUGACUUGGGUCCUUUGGCUGUGAGUAGCUGGGAAGGGAUGUGCAGUGAGCUGAGCUUUCAGAAACUGAAGACAGCAGCCCUAUAGAGGUUGAAAGUUUGGGAGGGAGUGGGGAGAUCAGGUGGUGCCUGAUGAUGUCAUCUAGGUGAGAGAGAUGAAGCUGGGGAUGGAGAAGACAGAUGCGUGAAUCUCAGGUCAGGGUGAUACCAAGGAGGAAUUAUCCCAGGGGGCCUGUCUCAAGCUUUUCCUCAUUCCUGGCACUGUCUUAAGGCACUUGACAUGCUUAAGGAGAUGUCCUGUCAUCGUUCCUAUUACCCAGAGACCUUACUGGAGAUGAAAUUGAGAUGCAAGAGGUUAAGUGCUUUUUCUGGAACUCACACAGCUAGCAAGUGACCAAGUCAGGACUUGAUUCCAGGUCUGCCUGAAUCAGGAGCUCUUAACCUCGGUGGCUGAACGUCUUCUCUGAAGAGGCCCUUCUGUCCUCACUGUGAUUGAGUUGAGGGACUUCCUGCCCCCUUCACCAGCCUCAGAAGCCAAAGACUCAUUCUUCCCAGGAGCCCUGCCCACACCCAGGACUAAGAUUGCCUGAGGCUGCACUAAAGUCCAGUUAGGGUCCAGAAUCCUGUUUGCUGUUAAACAAGGAGAAUUCAUGACUCCUGGACCCCUCUUCUCUCUUUACUCCCCAAGUCUGGGGAAGGGGCAUUCAGUGGUCCAUUGGGAGAUGGACAAAUGUGACCUGGCAUUCUGGAGGUAGGAUGGUUUGGGUUGGGGUAGGGAAGACAUAAGAAGGCCUGGGUUUGAGACCUGCUCUGGGAGCGUCACUCAGGGUACAUUCUGGAACCAUUAAACCCCAGGAGGGAACAGCCUGAACCUCAUCCAUGCAGAAUUUUGGACACUUUAGGUAAAUUCUAGAAAACGCCAGUGGCCAGUGGGAAUUAAAGAGAUGAGUCCUGGACCGGAGAUGUGCUUAGGUAGCAGUGAACAGUUAGACUGGCUGCCUACCACCCACUCAGGGCUGACCCUUCUGAGUGGAUGGGGGUAGCACCCCAAUGCCUCCAAAUUCCAUCAUUAGUGAUUAUUCCUUUUUGCGAAAGAGGCAUGAAAGGUGUUGGCAUAUGUCUAAGAACAAUCCCUACAUCUCCAGUGCUGUCAGGAUUGGUUUCUCCCACUCCAUCAAGCCAAGUCCCCAGUCCCAGGAGAAGUCUGCUCAGAGUGCUCCAGCCUCCCUCAGCCACCUCUCACUCCUGAGGUGCUUCCCCAGAAAUCCCAGCCUGGGUGCUCCGACUGGUCUGGGGCAAGGUAGGGAAGCUGGAAUCAUUCUGGUCAUUGUCAUUCCCACUCUUUGCUCCUCCCUCCACCCCUCUCCCUGCUCCCCUUAUUGCCCAGGCCUCUGUCUGUCAUGGGAGCAAAGCUGAGAUAAAAAUUUCCCAUAGGGUGGGUGGGGUAGCAGUGACUAACGGUAGCAAGCUUCUGGGCCAGGUCAGUCCUCGGCCCCAAGUCAAUCGCCCUGGAGGAGAAAUCCAUUCCACCUAAGUAAUUUUAUUGCAAUGCAGGAAACACAAAACAAAGAGUAUUUACUUGUCUGGUUCUAAACUGAGGACACAACACUGCAUUGGAAAAUCUUUUUUUUUUUUUUUUAACUACCUGAGUUGUGGUCCUGAAACAUAAAAUCUGACAAACUAAAAGAGUUGGGAGGGCAUGCACAGACCUUAUAAUUCCUCCACUGGGACAACCCCUUCUCUAGGCAGCUCUCAGUAGCUUCCAGAAUCCAUAUGGCUUUCCCAGGAGUGGACAAAGGGGAGCAGAGCAUCGGAAAUGGACGCUCCUCGAUUUCUUGUGAUGACGAAGCCAAAUACUUUCGCCAAAUCACUCUGUGAUCCGCCCUGAUUGUGAUGAAUUUUGAAAUUCACACCAAGCAAUCCUGGAAGUGGUCUGUGUCCCACCAGGCUGCUCAGCAUCUUCCCAUGGGUGUGAAUGCCAUCAGGUCCUGUGUGGGCCCCUUAGCCCCCGUCACUGCCGCCCAAGAGGGCAAAGAAGCAAAAACCAUUUCUUACUCUUGUGUGUUUUAACAAAAGUUUAUAAAACAAAAUAAAUGGCGCAUAUGUUUUCUAA